AUGGCAGGCCAUAUUACUAGGUCAAGAAGGCUAGAAACUCAGCAGCUGGAACAGUCGAGGGCUAAGUGGACAACAUCACUCACUAAGAUACUGGCAGAUUUGAUGGUUGACCAAGUACACAAAGGGAAUAAACAAAACAAUUCGUUCAAUAAGAAAGCGUGGAAAUAUAUAUGUGAUGGAUUUUACAACAAAACAGGUUUGAAAUGGGACAGGGAGCAACUCAAAAACCGACAUUCUGUGUUGAGGAGGCAGUAUGCUAUCGUGAAGUCCAUUCUCGAUCAAGGUGAGUUUAUUUGGGAUGAAGCCACAGGAUCCAUAAGGGCGGACGAUGAAAUUUGGGCUGAAUACAUCAAGAAUCAUCCCGAUGCUGAGACCAUAAAAAUUGGUGGCUGUCCAAUCUUUAAGGAGCUAUGUACAAUAUUCUCUGAACCAACAACGAACGGAAAGCAUGAAUUUUUAGCUACGUCUGAAGGUGAACAUACUCCUGGAGCUCCUUGUCCAAAGUUCUUGAGCACACACCAAGAGGAGUCUUCAUCUGAAUAUGAUGACGAGGAAAAUUCAAAUUACACUCCAACAGUUCAACCUACUACACCAACAGCAACUUGCAGUAGUCGCAAAAGAGGGCGUAAAGGAGUUGAUUAUGCUAUUGCUGAUGCUAUAUUGGAGAUGGCAUCUGCUUCAAAGAUGAGGGCAGCUGCUAUAGAGCAACGUAACUCUAAAUACAACAUUUCUGACUGUAUUAAGGAAUUAGAUUUAAUGCAAGGUGUUGAUCAAAGGAUAUAUUUUGCUGCUCUAGAUAUUUUCAACAAACCUAAUGCAAGGGAAAUAUUUUUGUCUCUCAAAAAGAAUAAACGUUUAACAUGGUUGCACCACAGAUGUGCGGUUGCAUUAUCAGAAAGUGCAGAUUGA